UGUUUGUGCCGCCAUCACCAUCAUGGACAGUCCGGGUAGAGCAUUUGCUUCGCUAGCACGCCGUGCUGCUGGGGAUUACUCUCACAAUGAGAACCAGCUGGAGGCCGAAGUACCGAAACACACACCGGUGCACCGACCGGGCCAUGGCAGCGGCGUGCGGGAGCUCCAGGUGACGGGAGUAGCGGAGGUUUGGUGCCCGGCGGACCGGGUGACGGUGCGCAUCAGCGUCGGUAACAGCAAGGAGUCCGUCCACGACGUCAGCAACAGCGUGUCCCGGCGACUCGAGUACAUACUGCAAACACUCAAACAACAUGGAGUCAAGGAAGAAGACGCCUCAGUGAGGAGAUUUCUCCAUCGAGAAGACGACCUGUAUCAUAUGGAUGUGGAGGUCACAGUCACUUUCUCAGAUUUUGAGAGAAUGGAGAGAGUGACUGGCAUUUUGCUGGAGAAGCUGGACAAGAGUGUGUGUUUGGGGUCGCCGCAGUUCUACCACAGUGCUGAAUGCCUGAGUCAACUGAGGCAGCAAGCAUGUGUAGCAGCAGUUGAAAACGCCAGACAGAAGGCCUCGGAAAUUAGUCGUCUGCUGGGGCAAAGCUUGGGGCGCCCCCUGCUGGUCAGAGAGGAGGAGACAAGGGAGUGGAGGAAGGCAGAUGAGGAGGACAGUGCCUCCCAUUCUCGCCUCCCAUGCAGACCCACAGCCACCGCCUCCUCUCGCGUGGCUGUGUCCUUCAGCCUCCGAGACACAACCAGGAAGAAACUCUAAACACAGAAUGCACAUACACUCACAAACAUACCUGUACACCGGUGUGUAUUUCUACCAACAUCACAUUUGCUAGUGUGGCCAAAGAAUGAAGAACAUACUAUUGUAGUUUAAUAUACUUUAUUUCACAUGGUUGAAUAAAAGUGCCAACUUUUGGUGGAAAUUGAAAAAAAAAAAAAAAAUCACUCAUUCACUGUCAGUAAUUCACCUGUACAUUCUGAGCAAUAACUCAAAUUUGUCCUCCAUAUAAAACCUCAAAUGAGUAGGUGCUUUAAAUAAAGCAUUUUUCAUAAUUUGUUCCUUCCAUUUGUGUACACAUUAAAACUUGGUGCAUUUCUACCACUCAAAGAAAUAAAGCCUGGACAAUUUCA